GGUGCUGGGUUGCUAGGACGACCAUUGCAAAGACGCUGCGGAGUCAAGUUGGAGAUUUUCUGGCCUCGUCCAGGCCCUGGUAUCUGGUAUCUAUACCGUUCGCAGGAGCUGAGUCCGAGUAGUUCAUGGAGACUUGUAGGGACAACGGGACCCUCUUUAUCGGCUCGAGUUCUUCAGUGGACACUAUAAUGUGGCAAACUGCCAGAGCUGCCUACGGGUGCCCCUGGGCUCCUGAGUGAAGGGGCUUUACAGACGCCAGCCCCACUUCCGAAAACAGCCUGGUGAUCCCUUGGGGCCCCGGGAGGAGGGAGGGAGAAAGAGAGAGCUAGAGUGCGCCAGCCUGUGUCUCUGUGCAUUUUGCAUCCGUACAUUGAUUUACCGUCUCUUUAAAAGAGGCUCUAGGCUUGCUGGUUUGAACAGUUUGGUUUCUUUGCAGAGCCAUGGGCAGCAGGAAGAAGGAGAUUGCCCUGCAGGUCAACAUCAACACCCAGGAGCUUUGGGAGGAAAUGCUCAGCUCCAAAGGACUGACCGUUGUGGACGUCUACCAGGGCUGGUGUGGCCCCUGCAAACCUGUGGUUAGCCUCUUCCAGAAGAUGAGGAUGGAGGUUGGUUUGGACCUUCUCCAUUUUGCUUUGGCAGAGGCAGACAGUCUUGAUGUUCUGGAAAAAUACCGGGGGAAGUGCGAGCCAACCUUCCUGUUCUAUGCGGGAGGCGAACUGGUGGCUGUGGUGAAAGGAGCCAAUGCCCCGCUGCUUCGGAAGACCAUCUUACACCAGCUGGAGGUCGAAAAGAAGGUUCUGGCUGAAGGCAGGGAACGGAACGUGGUGACCGACGAGGUUCUUUCUGGCAUAGCCAAGUGUCCUCCCCGAGAAAAGGGUGGUAGUGAAGAGGAGGAGAUAGUGUCAUCAGAGAAGACCUGUACAUUAGCCAUCAUUAAGCCAGACGCGGUGGCCCAUGGAAAGGCUGAUGAGAUCAUGAUGAAGAUCCAGGAAGCAGGAUUUGACAUUCUAUCAAAUGAAGAGAGAACCCUGACAGAGGCAGAAAUGCAAGUGUUCUAUCAACACAGAGCCAGGGAGGAGGCAUUUGAGAAGCUAGUACAUCACAUGUGCAGUGGACCCAGCCACCUCCUGAUCCUCACCAGGACCGAGGGCACCGAGGAUGUAGUCACUGCUUGGCGAACCUUCCUGGGGCCUUGUGACCCCAAUGUGGCCAGGAGGGAACAUCCUGAAAGUCUCCGGGCUCAGUAUGGCACAGAAAUGCCCUUUAAUGCUGUGCAUGGAAGCCGGGACAGAGAAGAUGCCAACAGAGAGCUGGCCCUGCUCUUCCCCAGUUUCAAGUUUUCAGAUAAAGACACGAAAGCCCCCCAGGGUGCUGAGGCUCAGAGUGGUGAGCCCCAUGGAGGCCCUUUGCAUCUCUAAGCGUAUCUGAGGACUGGAACACUACUGUCUUCUGCCAGUAUCAAGAUCACAAGGCCACCAGAGGGGCCAUUGGUAUGCUCAUGUCUGCACAGGAGGACCUUCAGAGGACGAUUUCGGAGCACUGAUAUGCUCUUGGUUCAGCCCUAGUUUGUAGACAAUGAAAUAACUGUCUUACUAGACAGUCUACAGAACAUACCCUACCUUCUAGUCGCUGCACUCGACUGAGGCAACGGUGUCACCUCUGAGGACACUGGAUCCCCCCACAAUAAAUCUACUGUUUUGAGCCUAGCUUGGUACCUU